AUGUCUGACGAGCGAUCGACAUCGCCUGAAGGCAGUGACACUGUGGUCAUUGGUAAAGACGACACCAGCAAUUAUAAUUCAGGAAAUAUCUUGCCGCAAUCUGAGGCUACUAUUGCCCGUAUUCAUGAGUGGCUGCGACCUACGGAAUACGAUAUUGAAAGCAGCGAAUAUCGCAAGCAUUUGGCAUUCCAUCUCGAAGGUACUGGAGAAUGGAUUCACAGAUCCGACAACUACCUCAAAUGGUACGAGAGCCAAGAAGAUGGCCUCCUGUGGAUCAAAGGUGUUCCAGGCUCCGGAAAGUCUGUCGUCGCAGCCAGCAUGAUUCAAAGACUCUCUCAAGAAUCUCCGGUUCUUUACUUCUUCUUUCUACAAAUCGUUGAUGCCAAUCAUCGGCCCAUCAAUCUUCUCAGAGACUGGCUAGAUCAGAUUCUUGUCUACUGCCCUCCAUUGCAAGCAUCUCUGAAGGCUUAUAUUGAUGAGUGUCGGGACCUGGAUAGUAUAUCAGUCGAUGAGCUAUGGAGACACCUAAGAACAGCUCUGGCAUCUGUGCCCAAGGUCUAUUGUGUGGCAGACGCUUUGGAUGAAAUGGACCAUGGGAAUAGCGAUUUCAUCAACCAACUGGCUAAACUUGGUGACUGGAAGCCUUCAUCUGUGAAGGUGUUGUUAACCAGCCGACCCACUUCCAACGUCGAGGCUGCAAUGAGAGGCACGAGAUUUCUUCACAUCCGAAUGGACGAGAAGGCCGUGGAUGUCGAUAUUUCUUCUUACGUGCGGUAUUGUCUAUCCGGCACUUCUCUUUCUGAGAAAGACCAACAACUUGUCAAAGAAGCGGUACCUGGUCGAGCCAACGGCUUAUUUCUGUACGCUAAAUUGGCCAUGAAAUCAUUUCUGGAGCCAGAGGCCGACAUUCACGAGACGAUUCGCAAGCUUCCGCUUGAUUUGGACGCUAUGUACAUCGACAUUCUACGAGAACAUGCUCGGAGAUCUGGCAUUUCAGAGAACACACAGGUGUUGAUCCUACAAUGGGUAACUCACGCAACCCGUCCACUUCGGCUGCUGGAGCUUGCAGAUAUGCUCAAGACGGUCGAGGGAGACAGAUUCUCACAUAACCUGAAAGAGAACAAGGAUUUGGUCCGGGCUGCGUGUGGCCCUCUGAUCGAGGUCUUACCAGAUGAGACUGUAAGCGUUGUGCACCAUUCCCUUACGGAGUUUUUGGUUGGGACAUCAAGAACAGUACAUAACCCAGUAUACCCCAUAUUGGACUCCUCACCAACUCAUUACGAUCUUGCUCUCGCUUGCCUCCGAUAUCUCUGCGCUGGUUGUCUCCAAGAUGAAACUCUUACUUCGUCAGAAACUGUUCAUCGCGAACACAACCGCAACGUGGAUUUUCCGUUCGCAGCGUAUGCUACAAAGAACUGGCAUGUACAUGCUGCGAAGUCUGAAUGGAAUUACUUACAAAAUGACUUAUUGUAUCAACAAAUUGAAUUGUUCUUGGGCAAUAAGGAGACACGAAACAACUGGCUGACAACCUACUUCGAUGUCCCUGAAAGAAUCAGGAUUGAAGAUGCCACAGCCUCUAUGUCGGAUCUCCAUGUCGCUGCACUGUGUGGCCUCAAACCGUGCAUCUCAGCUCUGGUUGGCCGUCUGGGCCAGAAGAGUAUAGACGAGCAAGACGCAAGAAAGAGAACACCCUUGUGGUGGGCUGCUUUCAGCGGUCACGCAGAUAUCAUCGAGUUGCUACUGAACCAUGGGGCGUCGCCUAGUACUCACGACAUUCAAGGCCACCAGGCAUUGCAUGUAGCUGCAAAGAAGGAUAAAGCACAAGUUGUUCAUCUACUCAUUGAAAAGGGAAUCUCUCCUACAGUUCCACGUCUUCCAACAGACACCGAUCCAACCAGAGGGGAUGCAGAUACACCAUUGUCAUAUGUAGCAUCAUACGGCCAUGUCAACAGCUUAGAAGCGAUGCUCCCAUUAUUAAGCACUUCCGAGAAACGAUCUGCCUUACGCAUCGCCAUAAAGAACAGGCAGCCCCAGUUCGUCAAGCGUCUUCUUCAGGAGUCUGAUGCCAAUCCGAACGACAGUACAGGAUCUGAGACAUCUAUAUUUCUGGCUGCUAGAACACGCUGUGCUGAAACAAUUGAGGUGUUGGUUAAUGCUGGCGCGGAUGCCUCUGUUGCUUGCAGGGUGGAGGCCGAUGUCUGGGAUAAACAAGAGAAUGUGUUGGAACGCCCCUGGUCGACUCCUCUGAUAGAGCUCUGUGAGCCACAGUCUCAUUUUAUACGUCGACCAUAUAUAUCUCCCCACCACAUGUUGGAUCUGGACUGUUCAGAUUUUGAUCGUAACUUGGCGUUGCUUAUCCGAGCUGGUGCAGACGUCAACGAGAGAGAUUCUCUGGGUCGUGCUCCUAUACACUCCGCGCAGUUUUCUCACGUGUUGAGACGUCUGCUCGCAGCGGGCGCUGAUCCAAAUGCUGAGACAAAGGACGGGAAGACCGCGCUGCACUGCCUGCCAAAGAAAGGUGACGGAGAAUACCUGAAGCUCUUGUUGCAAGACGGGAAUGUGAACAUCAACAAAAGAGAACACAUAAAAGGAAGGACACCUCUUCUUGCUGCCCUUUAUCAUGAUUCAGCCCUUGCUUCUCAGAUGCUGAAGUAUAGCCCCGAUUGUACUGUCACUGAUUUUGAAGGCAAUGGACCUCUCCAUUACGCAUUUGCUCAUUAUGAGAGAGUGUCUUCGCCUAAGAAAUUUGGAGGCGAUGAUUUGAAGAACGGAGACAACACUCUGCCGUCAGUCUUGAGAACACUUCUCGAAGCUGGUUCGGAUCCGAAUCUGACAAAUAUUGAUGGGGAGACACCUUUACAUAUUCUUGUCGCCAAGGGGUUCACCCACCGCGAGGAAUGUCUGCGUAUGCUACUCGAAUAUGGAGCUGAGAUCGAUGCCAAAGACGUCAGAGGCCGGACACCCUUGUUUCGGGCCGUGGGCAGAUUCCCAAAGCAACCCAUGAUGACUGAAAUUCUUGAUAUUCUUAUCAAGGCUUCCGCAAGUCUGAAUGUCCGCGAUAAUUAUGGGCGGACCCUUCUUCACGAAGCGGUCCACAGCAUCACCGACCUUGACUAUGCACAAAGAAGACUCACCGAGGGAUACCAAUACCUCAUUGACGCUGGUGUGUCGCCUUGUGCCGUGGACCUGCACGGUAACACUCUAUCCCACGAGUUAGUUCUCGCCCCGAAUGCCACAAGACUAUCCGGUAAAGGAGAAGGAUUCCUUUCACUUUUUGAAAAGGCUGGGUUAGAUGUAAACAAACCCAACUAUGCUGGCACGACGCCUUUGCAUCUAGCCUGUCGCAUGCGUCUGGACGGAAACCAUGGGGUCAAUUACCAUGCAAAAGAUUGCUUGAGAUGGCUCCUGAAACAAUCACCAGAUGCCAACGCUUCAGAUACCCGAGGGUUGAGGGCCAUCCACUUCGCCGCCUCCACGAACACUUACACUGUUGACCGCUUGUUGCGCGUCGGUGCAGACCCUUUCGUCAUCACAAACCAAGGCAUGAAUGCACUACAUAUUGCAGCGAGGUGUAAGAGAAGUAACAAUCUCGGCCUUCUACUUCAGCGAAUGCAAGAGCUGGAUCCCGACGCCACGAAAGUGGCACUCGACCAGAAGGAUAUCUUCCAAUAUACGCCAUUGCAUUACGCCAGUCGCUCUGGGAUCAUCGAGUCUGUGAAACUCCUAAUCGAAGCAGGAGUUGAGGUCAACCCAACUUUUGAUAAACUUCGAGGGACAUGCUGUCCUGAACCUUGGUUCCCUCCAAUUCUUCAGUGUGUAUUCUUUGACCGUGAGCAACGUCUUUGGAGACGUGGGCCGGUCAAGAAGAUACCUCGUGAUGAUGAGCUUCCCUUUCAUCAGUUAAAUGAUCCUGACACAGAUAUCGCUGCUGGUUACGCUGUCGAGGAUAAGGAAAGAUACUUUGAUGAGAUUGUAUCGGGGCCUCAACUCGAAGUCCUCGAUCCAGUGUAUGAGGCCUCGCGAUAUGGUGAGAUCGUCAACGCUUUGCUUGAUGCAGGAGCAGAUGUUUUUCUGGGUUCCGACGGUCCAAGGUCAGCUCUUUACCGCGCGAUGCUUUUCGCAUCAGAUGAGUGGCAGGACUACAUUACAUACCUCCUUUGGAACUGCCAGGAGAAAGCUGGGCAUCUUGAACUUCCAACUCCUCUUCAUAUUGGGAUAUCGAGAAGCAAAGCUCUUCGUCAGACAGAGGUUGCGGUAUUGGGAGAGUCAUUCAUCUCACGUGCUAAAGAAACAAAAUGGAAGAGAGUGGCACGAUUACUGUCGGACCGCCACUUUGCUUUGGUAGCGGGCCUGUACAAAGCUGGUGCGGAUUAUACUACUGUCGAUGAAGAUGGUGUCUCGAUCCUUUCGCGACUCGUCGAAUACGGGUACUACGAACUAGUUAAUGACUGCUGCUCUUGUGAAGAGGCUGCCAGGUUUGAUGAUCCUAAAUGGAUAAAGGAACAAGGUGCAGAAGAGCUUGAGCCUUUGCUUGUGACGGCUUGUCGACGCUCUUCUCCCAACAUGGAAGUCAUUCGUGUCUUGGUAGAGGAAAAAGGCGUCGACAUAAAUGCACGAGGUCGUGGUGGUCUUACUGCUCUUCAUAUCUUAGUCACUGGCAAGGAGUGGUGGCAAGUCUUUCACGCCAUGUCAUAUCUGCUUUCGAAAGGGGCAGAUAUGGAAAUUCGAGACGACAAGGGGUGCACACCGCUGCUCUAUUCUUUCACAAAAUGGGGCGCCUUCCGGACUGCAGCGAUGAAGUCCCUGAUCGAGAAAGGUGCAGACGUGAACGUCUUAGAUUCCGAGGGAAAUGGAUGUUUGAACAAAGCAUCACAUCACGAAGAGUUUGUUCGACUCUUAGUCGGUCAUGGAGCUGAAGUCAGUCCAACCACCAUCCUUUCUGCGGUUGAGUCCAAGUACCCAAACAUCUUGAGUAUUCUGUUGUCUGGCGAAAAGUCUUCCUCCCUUGCAGCGUCUUGGGAGAUGACAUUAGAUUACGCAAAGCAGCUGGAUCCUGAUACAAAUCCCCAGGAAGCCCAGAUGAUACGUCAAGGUCAUCCUCUGCUCUUGGCAAGCUCUGCGUUGGGUACGCUCCGGGGCGGCGUCGAAUUCGAUCGUGAUGCCGCUGCCAAACAGAUGAUGGAAGCGCUGCUAGGAGCUGGAUUCAGUCCGUAUGCCAAAUGUCUAGUCAUCGUUGACAAGGUCCGGUUGCCCAACAGACCUUCCCUACCAAUGGCUAUAGCGACUCAUGCGUGGCACAAGAAGGAUUCUGCGGUUGAGCUUAUCCCGUAUGCUAAAAGUCCGCACAUCUUCAGACCACCUUUUAUGGCUGAAAGGGUAGUAGCGCACGAAAUCUUAAAAGGAAAGGGUGUCUAUGGGCCGAUCUUAGAGUUGGCGGAUCUCAAUACGGAGUUCCGCGAUGCGUCUGGAGAAACUCUUCUUUUGGCUGCUUGCGAGCGAGUGUCAAGCAGGGGUCGUAAGGGGACCAGAAUAGACCAUUUGCCUUUACGACUCCUGCUAGAGAAAGGGGCAGAUGCCUAUGCAGUGGAUAAUUUUGGCAGAAAUGCAUUACAUAUUAGACUCGGGUCUCGAGCUCUGAAUGAUGAUAAGUUGGAAGGGCUCAAGGAUCUAGGGGACGCUGUGCCGGCUCUCAUCAACCAGGCUGAUGCUGACGGGUAUCGACCACUGCAUUAUGGCCUAGCUGCGCUGGCGCAUGGGGAGUUUGACCAGACUGAGCCCGAAUGGCUUGACUAUGUCAUGACACAGGGUGCAGACAUGCUUGCCACUGAUGGUCUCGGAAACAAUGCGCUCCAUUACCUUGCCACCGGCCUCUUUGGAUGUCUCUGCUAUGAUGGAGGUAAUACUCGAGAUCCCUUCGAACGCUUCUUGAAAUUGGGACUUGAUAUCAAUGCGCGCAACAAUGCUGAUCAGACACCAGCGUUCUUCCUUGCCAUGAGAGGCUAUGAUGAUCAUAAUGUGGAUGAGGUGAUGAGUUGGUUGGAUGGAUUGGGAGUAGAUUGGCUGGCGAGAGAUGAUAAGAGGAAAACUAUUCUUCAUGAAAUGGCUGACGAGAGGGAGGAUUUGUUCAAGGCUAUUAUGGGUAAAGGAGUUGAUCCUUUGGCGGAGGAUGAUGAUGGGCGGUCGACUUUGGAUUUGGUGACGGCUUAUGAUAAUCAGAAUGUGCUGAAGCUGUUUGAUCGGGACGGUAGGGAUUAUAGGGAAUGA